AUGCCGGUCACCGCUACUACAACAGCAAACACCGGACGCCAAUCCACCGUCGGAUUCUACGCACCACAGCAAUCAUUAUUCCAUGAAUAUGACUUCGGUUUCGAUGUAAAUGCUCAAUGUUCUGCUUCCUUGGCAGCAGAUUCUUUGUUUCCUCUCGAUACAUUUACUGCCCCAGUUCAACAAGUACCUUUCCAGAAUUCCCCUGAUUGGUACUUGCCACAAACCGAUUCUUUCGAAUUUCUCACAUGGAAUGAUCCGUCAAUAGGAGAAGAUUUAUCACUUGAUUCUUCUUUUCCCAUCGCUGCUGGUGCCUCUAUUGGUAAUGAUAAUUUCCCGGGUCAAUCGGAUGUUGGAUCCAUUGACAAUAUGUCUCAAUCCCAUUCAUUUCUUGAUAAUCAAAUUCAUCGAGCAAUAUCCACCGAUCAAUCCUCCCCUACCUCUUCAAACCCCAAAUCAACUUCCUCACCUACUCACUCAUCUCCACCUUCACCCCCCUCUCCCAAAACUCAAACUCCAACAAGCUCUUCAUCCACCGUAUCACGAGUUGAAAAACGCAAGUUAAACACUUUAGCCGCUCGUCGAUAUCGACAAAAACGCGUUGAUCAAAUGAGUAGUCUCGAGGCGGCACUCAAAGAAGUCGAACGAGAACGAGACGCCUUGAAAGUUCGUGUUGCGAAACUGGAGGGUGAGACAGACAUUCUUAAGAGCUUGUUAAGUAAGAAGAAUUAG